AUGUUUGAGUGGGCAUAUAGUGGUGCCAAUAAGGCAGUACCCAGAAAUGUAGGUCCAGAAUGUGCCUAUUUUUUAACACCUAAGAGACAAGUAAUUGAAACAAUAAUAGUAACAACGAUUUGUGUGUAUACAUUAGUGAAAAUUUACCCUAAGUUACAUAUUACAGAGGAAAAGAGAUACUUUAAAAGUGAUAGGGGAGGUAAAAGAUUGCUAGUAAUCCUAUUAGCCUUACUAUGGGGUAUGGAGAUUGGAUUCAAGUUUGCAUCACGCACUGUGAUAUAUUUGCUAAACCCCUGUCAUGUUACAACUCUAAUACAGAUUUAUUUGCUGGCAGCUCCUCCUAGCAAGACAGUAACUGCACUAUUUCGUAUCCAUUUGAAUUUAUUGAAUGGACCCCUUUUAGCAUUCCUUUUCCCAGAAACAGCUUCAAGAACGAUUUUUGCAGAAGCUGCGUUAUAUUGGAUACAGCAUGGAAUGAUGUUUGUGAUACCAUAUUAUUUAUUGAGAAUUGGAGGUGUGUAUAAUGUAGAACCGUUUUGGGACUUCAACUGGGCUAUCUUCAGCUACUGCCUGAAUCUUCUUUACCACUUUAUUGUGUUACAGAUAAUCGCCAUUCCAGCGCAAGUCAACUUAAAUCAUAUGCUGUGUCCGGCAAUUUUGGAUCCGUUCGACGGUCCAUGGUUUCGGAUGGCUGCAGUAAUACAUCAGGCUUUACUUUGCCCCUUACUGUGUGGAGCGCCUCAUGAAGAAGAGAUGAUUUGGGAUGAUAUGAAGGCGGGACGCGGACGUAUGCAGGAGCCGUGUGUUGGGAAAGUCAGG